UUUCUAUUUUUGGAAUCUUUUUGUUUCUAUUAUCAGUGACCUCAUUGGUCUGAUACAUUGUUUCUAAUCAUAUUUUUGCAUAUACACUAUUAUUUUAUUUUUAUAUAAAUUGUCAUUCAUAUAGCCUACCCCCAACUAGCUGGAACUGAGACGGAAUUAUUAUUAUUAUUGUGUGUAUAUAUGUGGGUAGAAAUGAAUUUUCAAGAUUUUCUGUGGGAAUGCAUAAUACUUGUUUGAUAAAAUGUUUCACUGAAAAAGCUUGAUAGUGAAUUCAAGAAGACUAGAUGACAUUAGAUAAAUCAAGAAGCUCAAUAUGGAGCAGAGAGCAAGAUAUAGCAUUUGAAAAUGCAUUGGCAACUUAUCCUGAGGAUUCUGUAGAUAGGUGGGAGAAAAUUGCUGCUGAUGUUCCAGGGAAAACCUUACAAGAGGUUAAGAAUCAUUAUGAAAUUUUACUCGAUGAUGUGAGCCGGAUCGAGUCUGGUAAUGUUCCUUUACCUUGCUACAGCUCUUCUUUUGACAGGUCUUUGUGCCAUGGUGGUGAUGAAAGAACAGGUAAGAAGAGCGGGGUUUCGGGGAGGUUAAACGGUGAGUCAAAUGAUGGGGGUAAUUCUAGUAAGUUGGAGAAGGACCGGCGGAAAGGGGUUGCUUGGACGGAGGAUGAGCACAGAUUGUUCCUUCUUGGUCUGGAGAAGUAUGGAAAAGGUGAUUGGAGAAGUAUUUCUCGAAACUUUGUUGUGACAAGAACUCCUACGCAAGUGGCCAGUCAUGCCCAAAAAUAUUUCAUACGUUUAAACUCGAUUAACAAGGAUAGAAGACGAACAAGUAUACAUGACAUUACUAGUGUUAAUAAUGGAGACGUCUCAGUACCUCAAGUUCCAAUCACUGGCCAAACAAUUGGUGCUGGAGCACAAAGUUCUUCUGGAAAAUCCAACAAACAAUCUCCAACAGCACCAAUUGCAUCCAUUGGAGUUAGCAUAUAUGGAACGACCACCAUCGGACAACCAGUAACAGGACCACUUGUUAAUGUGGUUGGUCAGAGUCAGAUUCGGGAUUUGGACAUUAUGGGCUCGGGUUUGGGAUUUUACUAUGACCAAUCUUGAUUUUCCGGGUACAUCUAGUAAACUUUUUAACUCACAUACAAAAUUCGAGCCAAAGCUACUACUGGUUUCGGAUGAAUCCAUAAGUUCAACACUAGAUCCGCCUUUGCAGUUGGUACACCAGUGAAUCUUUCUCCACCGACACACAAGUGAUACGGUGUCCAACCUCCAAUUCCAGGAGCAGUGGUUACUGGUGCACCUAUAAACAUGAGUCCAGUGAUGCUUACGAUGAAGCACACAUCUACACAUUAGUGAUAUUUUUAGAAACAAAGUGUACAAAGGCAAACUGAAGAGUCUUAUGAUGCUUAUUCAUGUCUAGUGCAAUAUUGUUCAGUGGUGAAUGAAUAAUGUUUCUCAAUGUCACAUAAACAUUUGCUCA